AUGGCAAAUUCAGUGGAUGCCCUAACUGCAAAUAGAGGCGGAGAACGCCGCAUUCUGCAUAACGUUUCUGGUGAAUUCCGCUCCGGAGAGCUGACUUGCAUUCUUGGACCGUCCGGGGCUGGAAAAUCUACUCUUCUCAAUAUCCUUGCUGGUUACAUGUCAAAUGGCGUCAACGGAAGGAUUUCAGUAAACGGACAGGCUCGAGAUAUGAGAGUGUUCAAGAAGCUCAGCAGCUACAUCAUGCAGGAUGACCUGCUGCAACCGAGACUGACUGUCAGCGAGUCCAUGAAAAUCGCUGCCGACCUGAAACUUGGGAAAGAAUUGGGCGAUGCUGAGAAAGAAUUAAUCGUGGAAGAAAUCCUUCAGACGAUCGGUCUAUGGCAACACCGUGAUACCAUGUCACAUAACCUCUCCGGUGGUCAAUCAAAAAGGCUAUCCGUCGCUUUGGAAUUAGUCAACAACCCUCCAAUUAUGUUUCUUGAUGAACCAACAACAGGCCUGGAUAUCGUCUCCAUCCGACAGCUGGUAGUUCUUCUACGCCUGCUGUCACGCCAGGGUCGCACCAUCAUCUGCACUGUCCACCAACCUUCUGCAUCUCUAUUCUCUCUUUUCGACAGGGUUUAUGUCCUGUCAAGAGGACUUUGUUGUUACCAGGGCGCUUCUCCGCUCCUGGUACCGUAUCUUGCAGAAGCGGGCCAUAUUUGCCCCGUAACGCAUAACCCUGCUGAUUUCGUUCUGGAGACUCUCCUCAGUACAAAGGAAGCCUCAGCCCAAAUGUCAGAACUAUGUCAAAAUGGAAAACUUUGUAGAAAAUUAGACAGAAUGACUGCAAGGGGAGGCCGCAAACCGGUUUUACAUUCAGACGAGUCCAUACAAAGGAUUUUUGUGGAGCACGUCGCCAAAGAACAGAUGCUCAGAAUGGAAUUUCCCACAACGUUUCUGACGCAGUUUUGGAUAUUGCUGAAACGAAUGAUGCUGCAGACGAGACGAAAUUCCUCAACCUUAUGGAUACAACUGCUCCAUCACGUCCUGGCAAGUGUUCUUCUUGGAGGCAUCUUCUAUCAGAUCGGCAACGACGGGACAACUCCAGUCGCCAACUUUAAAUUCUGUCUUAGCUGUCUCGUCUUUUUCAUGUAUACUUAUGUGAUGAUACCCGUCCUACUGUUUCCAAUGGAGAUGCGUAUGCUACGGAGGGAGUAUUUUAAUCGUUGGUACAGUCUGAAGGCCUACUAUGCAGCUCUGACACUAUCGUCUGUACCUGUUAUGCUAAUCCUGGGAAUGAUCUUCUUAGUUAUAAGCUACGUGAUGACUGGUCAGCUCUUGGAACUGGAUCGAUUCAUUCUUUUCUCCAUCGUGGGCCUCCUUACGGGUUUCUGCUCGGAAGGUUUGGGUCUCUUAGUCGGAUCAGCGUUUAGUGUGACGAACGGUUCCAUAGUCGGCCCAGCGACAGUGGCGCCACUUUUAGCACUCUGCUGCUACGGAAUGGGUUUUGGACAAUUCAUCGAGCCAUUUAUGAAGUUUCUCAUGUCCCUCUCCUACUUACGAUACUCUCUUACUGGCCUGUGCUUGGCGAUCUACAAUAAACGACCUCUCAUGGAUUGCGACGACAUCUUCUGCUUGUACGCUGACCCGCGGCUUCUGUUACGUGACGUCGGAAUGACAGAUGACACUUAUUACGUACAGAUAAUAGCUCUACUUAUAUUUACAGCUCUGCACAGAGUAAUAGCAUAUUUCGCGUUACGAUAUCGUCUAACAGCCGAAUUCACUAGCAAGUUCAUGACAUAUAUUAGUAAAUUUUUAAAACAUAGAUAA